GUUAUUAGGGUUUCAUUUUUCCUUAUCAUUCUCCUGACUUCCACGGAAGAAAAAAAGUUGUCUGCCCCACUUCAAGUUGAGUUAGGGUUUCAGCUGCUACACCUCCCCCAUUUUGUAUUAAGAACACACCUUCCCCUGUUUCCCAGGAACCCUAAUCUGAAAAACUUUGAGAUGGGGAAAAGAGGAAGUAGCAGCGGGAGCACGAAACUUGUUAUAGAAUCAAGGUAUAAGGGAUUAACUGUGGAGGAGAUUGUUGAUGAUCUCCGUUCCAAGAACCGUGAAUACGUUAGGUUGAGACGUUAGACACUCAUGAUCAAAGUCAAACAAAUCAUAAACUCAUUGAGUGAAGAAGAAGAGGAAAGUGAAGGAAAUAGGAAGAAACAGAGGAGAGAUGAUUGAGAACAGAGGAAUUCGGAUUUAUGUAUAUCAUCAUCAUCACCUUCUUCUGCUUCGUCAUCCGGAAAUGUAUUAACAUCGGAAGAUAACAUGCAGUUUGAUAUCACCAAUGAUGGUUUACGUGUUUCUUACUCUAAUAAAUCCAAGACGCCUUUUCGCGCGGAGACAAUGAAUGAAGGUAUUUCUAGUGAAGAGGGAAGUAAGAAUUGUGAUGUAGAGGUAAAAGGACCAGCCUUUAAGGACUUGGGUGGGUUAAAACAUGUUUUGGAUGAGCUCAUGUUUGAUGUGAAAUUCCCUCUUUUGUGUACUGACAUAGUACAAGCUAUUGCUUUGAAACCAAUUUCUGGGUUAUUACUUUAUGGUCCACCGGGUUGUGGCAAGCCCACACUGGCUUAUGCCAUCGCCAAUGAAAAUGGUGUACCCUUUUAUAUGAUUUCUGCUUCUGAAUUGGUUUUUCUGGUGUUUCAGGUAUGACCUCUUAUCUUUCUUUCAUUUUUGUUUUUAAUGUCUUGGUUGGUUUCAUAUUAAAUUGGCCUUUCCUUGUUCUAGGUGGAUCAUAGGAG